AUGAACAAGCCGCUAGUAGACAGGGUGAUCUACGGCGGGCAUAUUCCCAGAGAUUACCAAGAGUGGAAAAAGGAACUUAUCAGAAUAGACUAUAUUUGGAGAGAAAGGGAAAAAGAGAAGAAAGGCUCCAAAACGGGGAAGAAACCCUAUUCGGAACAAAAGAAGGAAGCGGAAAAGAAGAGAGACGGAACCGGGUAUACCUAUACCGGUAACGGAGAAAGAAUGGAGGUAGAUAAAGCGAAGUUCCACACCGAGGGACGAUGCUACCGAUGCGGAGAAAAGGGACAUAGAAGCUUCAAGUGCAAAGACGCACAAAAGAAGAAGCCACAAUUUAAUGUCCGAGAGGAAAAACUCCUUGAGGGUUUUUAA